AUGGGUCUCGCUUGCCAAAUCACCCUCGCCAUCCUUGCGCGCCGCCGGAGGUACACGACCUCGAGCAUCGUCAGAGAUGCCAUCUUGGCCGCCUACUUUCUCUCUUCUUACACAGCGACCAUUGCUCUCAGCAAGCUUAUCACCCUCCAGACCAACAAUCCCGAUCAACCGGGCUACAUUGCCGAGCUCAAGGGGUUGUUGGCGCCCUUGCUCUUGAUGCACCUUGGGUACCCUGACUCAAUAACUGCAUACUCGGUUAACGACAGGAUGCUCGGCAUCCGGGAGAUACCGAAUAUUUUGGUCAUGGUCGGUUUUGUCGUCUGGAUCCUCAUUCGCUGCUGGAACAGCUCAUCUCACGUCAUGUUUCUGUACUUUCCCUUGUUCACCGCUGGGAUCAUUCGAUCUGCAGGGAUGGUUUGGGCCCUCAAGUCCGUCUACACGGGGAGGUUGAGCAUGUCAAUCGAGGAUUUCUUCGAACAGGAAAAUGUCAGUAAGUUCUUUGACAGGCUUGACUGGGCCAGAUGCUCGAUGACGCGAAAGAUCAUCUUGAAGGCGUACUAUCGGUUUGAUUGCUUGAAGCCCCACUUCGUAAACUGGUUCUACCAACCGGAAUUGCUAUCUAAAUCUCAGUUAAUCGUAGAUCGCAAUUUAGCCUUUAUCACAGCUGAGGUUGAACUUGGAUUUAUGUAUGAUGUACUUUACACCAACCAACCAAUUCUCUAUAACCCGCUCAGUCUCAUCAGCCGCUUCACUAGUUUUUUCUGUCUAGUCUCAUCCUUGUGUGGAUUUGCCAUUAUUUUCAAGAGUGCCUUCCUGAUAGACAAGUACAUCACCUUCACUUACGCCUUGCUGAUGGGAGUCACCGCCCUAGAAGGUUACCAAAUUGUUCUGCAACCUUUUUCGUCAUGGGCCAUUGUGGCAAUGAGCCGUCACCAAAGAAACAGCCUAUUGUUGACAAGGCUAUUGAACUUCUUAGCUGAAAAGAAUAUUAAGCAGAAGAGGUGGUCGAACUCAGUUGGGCAACUCAACUUGUUUGAUCAUCGCCUGUACGAUGAGUGGCCAUGGUCCAUUGGCAUAAUCCUCAAACCCCUGGGCAAGAAAGCAGAGACCUGGAGAAGGAAUAGGAUUCAGUUUCGCCAGAAAAUCCCCGGCUCUCUCAAGGAAUUGCUGGUGGAGAAUAUUGAAAAGUUCAACGAGAUCAGAUGCCAAAAGCCCUUCACUGAACACGGCAACUGGACGCUUGAAGCUCACAGACUCAGUGGAGAUGUGGAUUGGACGUUGGAAGACCUUAAAGUGUUGGAAGGAAGCAUCUCCACAACAUUUGACAAAAGCAUCAUCAUUUGGCACAUGGCAACGAACAUCUGCCUCCUUUCAGAGCCCGAUAAUUCUCCGAACUGUAAAGGAAGUGAACUGCUGUCCAAUUACAUGAUACACCUCCUAGCACUGCGACCCUACAUGCUGUCCCCACUGACUGCUUACAGCGCAUUGGAGCAUGCUUGCACCAUAUUGAAGCCAUUUCUCAGGCACAGAGACCGCAAUGAGGCCUUGAGGACAUUGUCGUCAGAAGAGGACGUGCUCGAACCCUCCCUGGAUCAGAUGGGAACCAUAACAACCAGGGAAUUUCAUUUGCUGGGGGUCGUGCGGAAAUUGGCUGCGACAUUGAAGGGCAAGAGCAACAAGUGGCAGAUCAUAAGCAGCAUUUGGGUGGAGAUGUUGUGCUUCGCUGCAUAUAACUGUCACGUUUACUAUCACAAAAAACUGUUGCCACAAGGCGGAGAGCUUAUAACUCAUGUUUGGCUGCUCUUGAAUCACGACACUGAUAGGUACGCCCACACUGAAAAAACCAAAGGAAAGUCGCAAAGUGAGUCAUGA